AUGCCCCUCGCCGCCUUUGGUGUCUUCGCCUUCCUCGCAGUCGCCGCCGCGGUCGUCGUUUCGCUGCGUCGCAACUCGCACAAGGCUGCUCACCAACCCCUCUUGUCGCCGCCGCCUUCGCCGCCGCCGGCCGACGGUCCCCUCAUAGCAGGAACAAGCAGCGAUUCGCUGCAGAGCGAGUCGGCCCGUCCGCCGCCGCCUCCACCGCCCGCAAAGACGGCCAUGUGCAACAUGGACCUGCGAGUCCUGAGCUGCGGGCGCCCGGGGCCUCCCCCGCCGCCUUAUCCGGGCCCGCCUGGCCCUGUCGGCCCCGCUGGUCCCGCAGGCCCGCGCGGCUACCAGGGAGUCGCGGGAGAAGACGGCAAGACAGGGCCAGAGGGCCCGCCCGGCCCGCCACGUCGGGCGCUGAACGUCAUGUGGCUCGUCAUCAUCUUCUCCUCCCUGAUCUCAGUGGUGGCCAUCAUCUUGGCUGCGAUUUGCUUCUCUUCCGACUCCUGCGGCUCGCCAUCGCCUCCGCCGAGCCCGGUGCCCGACCCUUGCCCGUGCACGCCUGGUGCAGACCCGGCGGCGCUCAUUGCGUGUGGCGAGUGCUGCAUUGCCCACCCCGGCUGUGGCCGCUGCUCCGACUUUUGUGUGGCGCAGUCUCCACCACCGCCGCCGCCGCCGCCGCCGCCGCCGCCGCCGCCACUGCCGCCAAAAUGGAGCGUCUGUGAUCCCGAUCCGGACUUGCUGCGGUGGGACUCGUAUUUGCAGAGGCCUAAUGGCGGAACCGCGAGGUUUGGAUGGCUCAAGGUUUACGCAAAGCUUCAGAACGCGGCCAUGUCAGAGUGCCGGACGCGGCCCGAGUACAUUCUCGGAACCAAUGAUGCUCGAGGCACGAUGACAUAUCAAGACUUCGUCGGGACGUUCGACCUCGCCCAGGACAUGGACAUCUUUCGCGCCGCCGUCGGAGCAGAGACACUCUCUGUCUACGGCAUCUCCUAUGGCACCGAAGUGGGCGCAAGCUACGCGACCAUGUUUCCGGAGCGCGUCGAUAAGCUGGUGCUCGACGGCAAUGUCGCCGUUUCGAACGAGCUUUACGAAUACGCCGAGCUGCUCGCCCUCAGCUACGAGCAAGUCUGGAACGGGCUCGCCGCUGCUUGCAACGACGACUUCUUCGUAAAAAACACCACCGACCUCUCCGCCGACGACUUAUGUGCAGCGGCGCCUUACCCGACGGACAAGAUAUACUCGAUCAUCCGCAACCAAACCGACCAAAGCUUUGCUUCUUUUGUUCUCAACCAGAUGGAGGGCGGCGGUGACGGAGGCGAGGGGCGAGGCGGCGGCGGCGGCGGCGGCGGCGAGAACGGCGGCACCGAGUUUGUCUCGGCUACUCAAGCAAGACCUGGUGGCAUCCCGUUUGGCCAGCUCAACAACAACUUCGCGCAGCACCCCGAUCCCGCAAAGCCACUGGUGAUACCCGUCGACUCAACAGUGGUGGGCUCUACCCUGCGCUUCAUUCCGUGGUCUGUGGUGGGCAAUCCGGCCUUCCUCCAGCUGCCCCCUCCUCCUCCGGGGAUGCAACCGUCGUGGGUCCAGAUUCCGCAGUGGGUCGCCAUCAGUGCGCUGCUCCCCUUCAGUGAGCCCGAGCCCGCUGUGGCCACCCACUUUGACAGGCUCAGCGUCUUGCGGCUGGCCGUAUUGGCCGCGGCUUGGCGCCGCAUCCUCGGCGCCUUGUCCGACCUCGGCGUCUUCAGCACGGUGCACGUGGAUGAGGAUGCGUUCCGUACGGUGUGCAUCCAGGCUCUGCACUCCCGCCAAAUCCCGGUGCCCGAGCUCUAUCUGCAGUGGGGCGAUUUGGGGUACUCUGAGGCGAUCACACCCUUGGGACCAGCGCCAUCUGCAGAAGCAAAGGCCGUCGACUUCUUGCAGUACGCGACAGUCGGGGCUCUUUGCGACCCUACGGCCGACGUCCCGUUCGCAGCCCUGUCUGACAUGACCCGCUGCUUGGGGCCCGUCUUCACGGCGGCAGCGCGCGUCGAUCCCAUGGGGAGCGCCGUCGUGGGGGCUGCAUCGCUCGCCGCCGCCGCUGGUCACAUCACUCCGCGAGCGAGCGAUGGGCACCCCUCCCUGCUCGCUCGGCAUGUGCUCAGCAUGCUGAAGACUACCCGCUCGAGUUUCCCGGCCUGCCUGAGGACCAACUCUUUUCAGAACUACUCUGCGGAGGUUGAGACUCGCGCCGAGUAUGUGGGCGGGACCACCGUGGCGCGCGACCGAGUGGCCGAGCAGCGUUGCUCGCGCGCUAUUGCAGCCAAGGCGCCGACGCUCGACUCCCUGCUCCGUAAACCGGCGAAGGCAUGGGCAGCUCGAGGAGGCGACCGCUGGCCCUCUCCUGUCGGACUGAUGGCCCGAAACAACUACCAAGACUUUGUCGAGCUCAACGUCUCUACCUGUGGCGCGACCGACGCAACUGCGGAGCUACGCGAGCGACGCCAGCUUGCGAGACGUUCAAUUCGAGCAUUCGGGCCGCGCGACCUAUGGAGACCCAGCCAGAGGCAAGCGUGGGCGCUGCCCAAGCGGAUCGCCGGCAACUAG